CGAGUUGGGUCCCGGCGUAAACAAAAAACAUAUAGUAGCAGUAAAUUCCCUAUCAUCAUCAUCGGUUCAGGCCCAACAGCUUUAGGAGCCGCUCAACGUCUAUAUGAAUCAAAAGAGGAGUUUCCAAACUUAUCAGUGAUCAUUCUGGAACAAAAUGGAAAGCCUGGGGGACUCGCGUCUUCUGAGCGAGAUGAACAAGGUUUCCUCUGGGACAUGGGGGGCCAUGUAGUAUUUUCACAUUACGAGUAUUUCCACGCCACCCUUGACAGUGUCAUUAAGGAGUGGAAUUGGAUACGACGAGGUGCAUAUACUUUCAUGAAGGGUUCCGAUGACAAACGCAGAUUUAUUCCGUACCCAGUGCAGAAUUACGUCGAGGUGAUGGACAAAGUGGACCAACAGAAAAUUCUGGCAGGCCUCGAAGAAGUCGCUAAACAUCCAGUGAAAGAAAAACCCGCAAAUUUUGACCAGUGGCUUCUACGCAACUUUGGU